AUGUCGUUGACUGUGUUGACUGCUGGAUCUUUGCUGCAGUUGCGCGAUCUUUUGGUAGCCUCGGCCUUGGCUGCGGUGGCAUUGGGAGCCUUGCCUGGCUUGCUGUGCGUCCAGGCAGAAAAAGUGCUCGAAGUUGCAGAUGAUGGGAGCCGUGAUGAAGCCAUCGAGCUCAUGGCCAAAGGUUUUGAAAAGGAAGCGAAGUGCUUUCUGGUGCGUCUCCGACAAGAGAAGGGUCGAUUGAAGGCAGCGGCCAAAGCGGUCCAGGCUCUUGCUCUUCAAGAAGACUUCCCAGAUGCAGAUUUCCUGUGGAAGCAAGAGGCUCUUGAGGCGGCCAUUUGCAAAGGCCGAAAAGAGGCUUUGGUGGGUUUGAGUUGCCAGGAGCCACGCUUGCACUCCAGAUGUGUACAUGGCCUUGUUGAAUGCAACGAGGUGGAGCUGGCCGUGGAUUUGGCCAUGGCUUGGAACAUUGCGAUUUCUAUGGACUUGACUCAGCGAUUGCAAGACGCCAUAGCAAAGCGGGAGGCUGAAUCUUUGUGCCUCCCCGCAACAGUCUCUGUGAUCUUUUUGGACCAAGAGGCGCAAGUGGAACGGUUAUCAUCUCUCCUCUCAGCCGAUGCUAUUGGCUUCGACUUGGAAUGCAACAUGAGCACUUCUAAGCCUACACUGUUUCAGCUUGGCUCGGUCCAUGAAAUCUUUCUGGUUGACCUCCUUGCUGUAGGAGAACUCCCUGCACUCGCAGCUGCAUUGCAGGAAGUUUGGAGAUCGAAGAUGCCCAAAGUUGGCUUCGGAGGUGCAGAGGAUAUAGGCAAACUGGCAGGCACCUUCCCAGCUUUGGGCCUUGGUUCCCACAGUCUGGUGGACCUAAAGGAUUUAGAGGCGACAUUGAGGGCACAUCAGUUGAAUAUUGGGAAGAAAAAGGCCGUGCAGGGCAUUAGUUUGUCCAGCAUUGCCGAGAAGUACUUGGGAAAACCGUUGGACAAGAGCUUCCAAGUUGGGGAUUGGAGUCGAAGACCGAUUUCAAAGGUCCGAGCACACUACGCUGCUUUGGAUGCUUGGGUGCCUGUGAAGGCAACAUUGCCUUGCCCAAAAGACCCAAAGGUACAGAGUUUGUUUUGUCCCUUCAUUUUUUCUUCGGUCAAAAUCUCACCUACGGUCUUUCUUUCGGAAAUUCCCAGUGAUAGCAGGAGAUGA